AUGUAUCAACACUACCAGGACGCACUAGCCAUAUGUAGGGUUCACAAUAACCCGCAGUACUUUAUUACAUUCACAUGCAACGUCAAAUGGCCAGAGAUUCAGCGUGAACUUUCAAAAACCAAUGCAACACCGCAGGAUAGACCAGAUAUAGUCGCUCGGGUCUUCAAGUUGAAAGUGAAGUCUUUUAUGAACUACUUAAAGACUUCCCAACUUUUUGGCGCCGUUACCGCAGAGGUUUACACUAUAGAGUUCCAAAAGCGUGGUUUGCCACAUUGCCACAUACUUUUGUGGGUCUCAUCAGAAUAUGUUAUUCGAGACUAUGAUAUCAAUUUCGGUGAAAUUUCGAUUCGAGAUGCAACAAAUUUGGAUAACUAUAUAUGUGUGGAGUUGCCAAAUCAAUCUACAGACCCUGUUCUCUAUAGAAUUGUAACAGAUAGUAUGUUACACGGACCUUGCGGUUUAGCCACAACGAAUGCUUCAUGCAUGGUUGAAGGUCAUUGCUCAAAGUCAUUCCCGAAGCCUUAUGAAUCUAUUACGCGAUUCGAUUCUCAUGGUUAUGUUCAUUACAAAAGACGACGUACAGUAUGGCGCAUUCUUAACUUCCCUAUUCAUCAAAGACAUCCACCUGUUCAGAUCCUUGCUGUACAUCUAGAAGGAAAGCAAACAGUAAGCUUUAGAGCUUCACAGAGGCUUUCUAACGUGGUCAGAAAUCCAGCUCUUGCACUCACUACAUUAACUGAAUGGCUAGCAAAUAAUCGACGCGAACUAGCCUCUAACAUUCCUCGCGAACAGACUGGAUUGGAUUUGAAUUACACACAAUACCCAUCUCAAUACACCUGGCAUGGAAACACAAAAAGUUGGAUUCGUAGAGGUACAAAUAGAGUUGCCAGUGUUAGUCGGCUGGUCUAUGUACACCCAACCUGUGGUAACCUCUUCUAUCUCAGAUUACUUCUAACUCAUCAAGUGGGAUGCACUUCCUUUGAAGAUAUACGUACCGUCUCAGGCGUCACAUACGACAGCUACCGUCUAGCCUGUGAAAAGUUGGGCCUCAUUGGAGAUGAUAAAGAAUGGUCACAAACACUCUCAGAGGCAUCUAAUUGGGCAACUUCACCUGAACUCAGGUCUUUGUUCAUUCAUAUGUUGCUGUUCUGUGAAAUCUCAAAUCCUCUAGCUUUAUGGACCAAGCAUUGGCAAAAGAUAGGAGAAGACAUUAUUUAUCAAGUAUCUCACGUUUCAUCUGUAUCUUCUCCUACAGCUUUGAGUUGCGACAUACGCGAAUACAUUCUUUACGAGCUCGAAGUCUUACUGAAAUCCAACUCUAAAUCACACUCUCUGUCAGAUUUUGGACUACCUUUGCCAACAAAGUCAUUGCUUUCACCGUUAACAAAUCGUCUUGUGCUUGAACAAAAAACAUACGACAGAGAGGCAUUGUGUAUCGAACAUACAACUCUUCACUCUGCAUUAAACUCGGAACAAUUACACAUCUACAACCACGUUUGCAAUAACCUUAACAAUUCUUCACAGAUACUUCUCUUUAUAUACGGCCAUGGGGGCUCGGGCAAAACAUUUCUUUGGAAAACAAUAAUUUCGGCUCUGAGAUCUACAGGAAAAAUUGUCCUGGCUGUGGCUGCCUCUGGAAUCGCGUCAUUACUACUGCCAGGAGGCAGAACAACCCAUUCAAGAUUCAAGAUACCUUUGGACUUAACUGAAAAAUCCAUCUACCACAUAAAAAAAAAACACUCAACUUUCAAACCUUCUUUUGGAAACCUACCUCAUAAUUUGGGAUGA